UUGACCGUCGUUGAGCAUUGCCCCAUUUCCAGUCCGCUGCUACGGUUCCUCCCUCUUCAGGAGCCUGCUUGCCUGUCUCGAUGUCGAUCCUCACCGCUAUUCUGCCGCAACAGAUGUCUGAGAGCUAGCCAGCAGAGGACUUUCCCUCGCUGCCUGAGCGUUCCACCUGCAGCCAUGAAUGGCGGGGCCAGCGUUUGGGCCAUUACUCCGGAGGAGAGAGGGAAACACGACAAGCAGUUUGAGAACCUCGCCCCGGUCCUCGGCUACGUCUCAGGAGAACAAGCGAGGAAGUUCUUUCUCCAGUCUGGCCUCCCAGCUUCUGUCUUAGCAGAGAUUUGGAGCCUAGCUGACAUGGACUAUGAUGGGAAGAUGGACAGACUGGAGUUUUCAAUCGCUAUGAAGCUAAUUAAGCUUAAGCUCCAGGGGCGGAGCCUGCCCUGGGCCUUGCCAAGCAUCAUGAAGCAAACUCCAUCUUCUAAUAAUAAUAAUAUGACUUCAUCAGCACGAUUUGGAAUGGGAUCCAUGCCCAACUUAUCCGUUGGUCUGUCAUCCAUGUCCAUCCUAACACCCCUUCCUGCUAACCCCCCCUUCCACUCGUUGCAACCCCUGGUGCCAGUGACUCUGCCUUUGGCUACCUCUUUUGGAAACUCUGGGCUCCCCAACGGCACCGUCAACCUGCUCACCUCACCACUUGUUCCCAUCAGUGCAGGUCUCCCUGUCUCUGGCUUUUCAUCCCCUAUGGCUUUCUCCCCAUCCACGGGCAUGUCAGCGGCCAGCUCUCUUCUGGAACUCGGAUCAAGCAGGCAUGAUUCAAAUUCUUCCUCCACCGCGUCAUUGGCCAGCAACUCUCCAAAGAUGGGAGCAGGUGAUUGGGCCGUGCCGCAGGCCUCAAGACUCAAGUACCGUCAGCAGUUCAACACACUGGACAAACUAAUGACUGGCUACUUGUCAGGACCUCAGGUUAGAAACGUGCUAAUGGCCUCAAACUUGACCCAAACUCAGCUAGCUACCAUCUGGAGUCUGGCGGAUGUGGAUCAGGACGGUCAGCUUCGGGCUGAUGAGUUCAUUCUGGCCAUGCAACCUGUGGAGACGGCGAAGACGGGACGUCCUCUACCUCUCUCACUCCCUCAGGAGUUGAUACCUCCCUCACUGAGAGGAGGACUAAAGUCCACCGAGCUCGUUAACGGAACCGGUCCCUGCGUGGUUCCCAGUUUAAUCGACACGCCAGAGGUGGAACCUGCACAGAAGAGCAAGAGCAGUGUGUCCUACGAGGACAAGCUGAAGGAGAACUUUGCGCGAGGCAGCGCUGAGCUGGAGAAAAGGGCGCUGGCUCUGGAGGAGGAGCAGAGGAAGGAGAGGGAGAGGAUGGAGCGGGAGGAGAGGGAGGAGAGAGAACGGAGGGAGAGGGAGGUGAGGGGAGAUGGAGAACCGGAGGAGGCUGGAGGAGGAGAGGCGAUUGGAGAGGCAGCAAGAGGUGUGGAGCGACAGAGGGAGGAGGACAGGCUGAGAGAGCUGGAGAGGAAGGAGACGGCCAAGCAGGAGAUGGAGCGCCAGAGGAGGGAAGAGUGGGAGCGACGGAAGAGAGAGGAGCUGGGGGAGGAGGAAAGAGGAGGAGCAGGAGGAGAUAUCUCGACCCGCGCCAAAAAGACGAGUCUGGAGCUGGAGCUGGAGGCAGUGGGCAACAAGCACAAGCAGAUCUCAGACCGCCUCCGAGACGCUCAGAGCACGAGGAGGAUCCAGAAGGCUGAGGUGGACCUCAUCAAUCAGAGGAGAGACGCACGCAUCGCUGAGAUCAACACGCUUCAGCUGCAGUUUGAGGACUGGCAGAGGAAGCUCUCGCAGCUCGGUCCAGAGCAACAGCUGCUCACCGAGAAACUGAGAAGCAUCAGCCUCAACGAACUCCCCACCGUGACGCUGACCUCCGUGACUGGCGACGUGACGGAGAAGAGCGUGAACUGCCGCAGACUGAAGGAUCAGCUGGAUGUUCUGGAAAAGGAGACGACAGACAAGCUGGCCCAGAUGGAGCAGUACAGCAAGGAGCUGAAGCUUGGGGACAUGGAUGACUGCGUCCUGCGAGGCCUUCUCUCCCUGCUGGCCUGCCUCAGCCAGCUCUUCCUCCUCAUCAAGGAGCUGAGGGAAAAGCAGGUGAAGCAGCAGGCCGUCCUGGACGACCUGCACAGAGUCAAAGAGGAGAAACUGAGGGAGAUGCAGAGGCGCAGAGAGGAGGAGAGAGAAAGGAGGAGGAAGAGUGAGGAAGAAGAGGCAGCCAGACGAGCAAAGCUGGAGCAAGAGAGGCGAGAACGGGAGCAAAAGGAGCAGGAAAAGAGAGAGAGGGAGGAGGAGGAAGCCCGGCAGAGGAGGCUUCAGGAGGAGCAGAAGGCCAAGCAGAAGGAGGAGGAGGAGAGGCAGGCCGUGGCUCGCCUAAGAGCUGCUCAGGAGAAAGCACAGGAGGAGGAGAGGAGAAGAAGACAGAAGGAGGAGGAGAGGAGAAGAAGACAGGAGGAGGAGGAGGAGGAAAAGAAGAAAAAGAUGGAGGAGGAGGAGAGACGAAAAGAAGAAGAAGAGAGGAGGAAGGAGGAGCAGGAAGGAGCACAGCUGACCACAUACCGAGCCCUGUACUCCUUUGUUGCCCGUAACGCAGACGAGCUGAGCAUAGAUGCACACGGUCUUAUAGAGGUGGAUGAGCACACUGUUGGAGAGCCUGGAUGGUUGUUUGGGAGUUACCAUGGAAACCGUGGCUGGUUUCCCCAGAGUUACGCUGAGAAGUGUCCCACACCGUCCCCUUUGGCAUCUUCUGCAUCCUCACCCGGGAAAGCGUCCGGGCCACCUCCGACGCUAAAGGCUAGAGACUCUGGUGUGGAGGAGGAGGGCGACAACACAGCUUCUGCCCUCUCAGACGCUCCACAGCCGUCGGGUUCUCUGCUUGCCCGCGCCGUCUCUUCUUGGUCAGCCACCUCAGAAACUCUCCUCAGUCCUUCCUCCGACGCUAGUAGCGCGCUGCUGAGCUUCUCGCAGGGCGACGCCAUCAGCGUGCUGCAGCAGAGGGACGACUGGUGGUUCGGACAGCUCAACGGGAUGCAGGGAUGGUUUCCUCAAACGUGCGUCACGCUGGAGGCUGCUGGGAACCCAGACUUGGCCUCGCUGGACUCGUGUGACCCCGCUCAGCUAGAAGAGUACGUGGCCUUGUACACGUAUGAGAGCCCGGAGACGGGUGACCUGACUUUUGCGGAGGGGGACGUUGUCAUGGUAACAGAGAGAGAGGGAGAGUGGUGGCGGGGAUGCAUCGGUGACCAGACGGGAGUGUUUCCCUCCAACUACGUGCGACCUGUUGAGCCCGAGGGAUCAAGACCUGGAGUUCCAAACAAAAGACCCGCAGAGAUAGCUCAGGCCAUCACCUCCACCCUGGCCCCAGCAGCAUAUCGGCUGUGCCUGUCUCCGGGGCAACUGGUUGUGGUCCGGGCCAAGAACUCCACCGGCUGGUGGCUGGGGGAACUGCAGGUUCGGGGUAGAAAGCGUCAGAAAGGCUGGCUUCAUUCGUCUCACGUCAGACUCCUGGGACCGUCCAGCAGCAAGUCGUCUCCGAGUCCUCUGCCAGUGUGCCAGGUCAUUGCCAUGUAUGAUUACGCCGCCGCCAACCAGGACGAGCUGAGCUUCUCCAAGGGUCAGCUGAUCAACGUCCUGGACAAGACCAGCCCCGACUGGUGGAAGGGAGAAGCCAACGGCGUCACGGGCCUGCUGCCCACCAAUUAUGUCACGAUGACAACAGAGUCUGAUCCCAGCCAGCAGUGGUGUGCAAACCUGAUGACGCUGGACACAAUGAGUCCUCAGGAGAGGAAGAGGCAGGGUUACAUCCAUGAGCUAAUCCAGACGGAGGAGACUUACGUGGAGGAUCUGGAGCUGGUGCUGGAGGUGUUCCACAAGCCCAUGUCGGAGUCAGGUCGUCUGACAGAAACUGAGAUGACGAUGAUCUUUGUGAACUGGAGGGAGCUGAUCAUGUGCAACACCAAACUGCUCAAGGCCCUGCGCGUUCGGAAGCAAGCGGGAGGAGACAACAUGCCCGUCCGGCUGAUCGGAGACCUGCUGGCUUCUGAACUUGCUCACAUGCAGCCGUACAUCUGUUUCUGCUCCCGUCAGCUGAACGCCGCCGCCCUGCUGCAGAGCAAAACGCACUCCCAGCCAGACUUUAAAGACUUCCUAAAGAAAAUCGCCACUAACUACCGCUGUAAAGGAAUGCCGCUGUCCAGCUUCCUCCUGAAGCCCAUGCAGAGGAUCACCCGCUACCCGCUGCUCAUUAAGAACAUCUUGGAGCACACACCAGAAGGUCACGCAGACCGCGCGCCUCUGCGAGAAGCUCUGGAGCGAGCCGAGGAGCUGUGCCUUCAGGUCAACGAGGGCGUCCGGGAGAAGGAGAACUCGGACCGGCUGGAGUGGAUCCAGAACCACGUUCAGUGUGAGGGGCCCAUAGAGCAUCUGAUCUUCAACUCCCUGACCAACUGCGUCGGGCCUCGAAAGUUACUCCACAGCGGUCGACUGUACAAAAGCAAAAGCAGCAGGGAGCUUUGGGCCUUCCUCUUCAACGACUUCCUCCUCCUCACUCACAGCGCCAAACCUUUCUCUUCCUCUGGCUCGGAGAAGUUGUUCAGCUCCAAAACCAGCAUACAGCUCAAGAUGUACAAGACGCCGCUGUUCCUGAACGAAGUUUUGGUGAAAAUGCCGCCUGACCCGUCCAGCGACGAGCCGCUCUUCCACGUCUCGCACAUCGAUCGGGUCUACGCCCUCAGAACCGAGACUUUAAGUGAGAGGACAGCGUGGGUCCAGAAAAUCAAAGCAGCGUCGGAACAUUUCAUCGAGACGGAGAAGAAAAAGAGAGAGAGAGCAUAUCAAGCUCGUUCUCUAAAGUCCAGCGGCAUCGGGCGACUGCUGGUUACGGUCACUGAGGCUCAGGAACUUAAAGCCUGUAAACCAAACGGUAAGAGCAAUCCGUACUGCGAGCUGACCAUCGGCGCUCAGUGCUACACGUCCCGGCCCGUCAGUGACACUCUGAACCCCAAGUGGAACUUCAACUGUCAGUUUUUUAUCAAAGACCUGUACCAGGAUGUCCUGUCCAUCACCGUGUUUGAGAAAGACCAGUUCUCACCAGACAAUUUUCUGGGUCGCACUGAGGUUCCCGUGGCAACCAUAAAGAAAGACAUGGAGAGCAAAGGAGCAGCGACCCGUCGCCUGCUUCUGCACGAAGUCUCCACUGGAGAGGUGUCGGUCAAACUGGACCUUCAGCUUUAUGAGUAGGCUCAACGAGCACCAAGUACAAAAAAAUACACAGAAAUGUGCUUAAAGUACCACAAAAUACUUUGAAUAUUGCUUUUUUCCCCCUUUCUGUUCCGCACACCAACCUUCAUGCAGCUAAAAUGUGAAGAAAGUCACUAAUAUUUUCAGAUUCCCCGCUGAGUCAGAUUGGCUCAAUAAAACAGGUCUUUAUUUUCUAGUUGUGAUGAGCAGCGACGAGCUGUAAAGUGUAUUUUAACAAGUUAAUAUAAAGGGAUAUUUUAUUACCACUAAAUGAGAAAUAAGACACACAUCUCACUGCUUCAGAUGUUAUUUGUUUAGUACGUUACAACUUUAUCUUGUAAAUCUGAACCGUUGUGUUUUAUGUGAAAUGUGCCAUUAAACUCCUGAGGUGGAAUGAAUAAAGUGCUUUUACUGAUUUGGUUGAA